AUGGCGCGGUCCAAAUCUGAGACCUGCAUUCACCGCUCCCUAUCUUUUACAUCCUCCCCUCACGCCGAGGUGGCAGGCUUCAAAGGACAAAGCAGCAGGCAACUAAUUGCAGCGAGAAGACCGUCAAGUCUAACUGGACAACCAAGAUUUGACUUGGCAGCGGACCAUUCAGAGACAUUCCCGGCUCCGUUGCUGCUGCCUGGUGAUGACCUCGCCGAGGACCCGAAUCAUCCGACUCAAAGCUUUCAAGAAUGGCUGGGUGAAAAGAUACGCAAUAGGCUCACUCCAACACGCAAGACAAUAUAUGUGAUACCCCCACCAGAGAUCGGUGACGAGGUCGGCUUCAUGCGAUCGUGGGUCAAGCCAGGGUCCCAUGCUGCCAGAGAUAGCCGCGCACAGCUACCUCAACCUCAAGAUGUGUGCGACUAUUUAGAAGCAUUUUACCAUGGGGUGUCCGUGAAGCUGCUCCCCUCCUCAACAUUCACUUUCACGUCGUGGGAGAAAGAGGAAGUGAAAAUUUCAAAGACGACAUGCAAACCACCAAAAAAGAGAUAUGUGGGCCUUAAAUGCGGCACAGAGGUUACGCGCAUCCGUGCCCGUCCCUCACCCGAUGAAGUAUUUAGCGGACAAGUGAACCUCGAUGAUCUUCUCGAUGCUGUUAUAGCGAUGCUGCCUCAGGAUGCAUUCUCAGUGCAGCUUUUGAUGCACCAUGAUAUGUAUGAGGAUGAGGAUGAUGAGUUCGGCUGCGGUCGCGCAUACGCCGGUAGUCGGGUCUGCGUUGUCUCAAGUGCGCGAUAUGACCCGUGUCUCGAUGAGGUGGAAGAAAUUGAGCGUCUUCAUUCCUGGCCAGCAUCCCAUUGCGAAGACUACAUCUCUCAAUAUUGUUCCGUUUCUGAGCCGAGGGCAAAACGACCCAAGACUGGAAAAACAAAAGCUGGGAAACCAAGAUCAAAUAUCGCUCUAAAUGGCCCAAUGAAAGCGGCAUUGUCUGUAUAUAAAUCCCUUCCCAUGUCGGAUCAAUCAACGUCUUUACUUUCGGCACUUUGGCUAGGCCGAACCUGCCGCACCGCAGCUCACGAGCUGGGUCAUUGCUUCGGCAUGGACCAUUGUGUCUACUACGCCUGCUCUAUGCAAGGCACCGCAUCGAUUCGCGAGGAUGCAAGACAGCCACCUUAUCUCUGCCCGGUGGAUCUUGCCAAGGUUCUUCACGAAACUAAAGGCACUGUUGAGAAAAGAUAUCAAGCUCUGCUGGACUUUUGUGAGCGCCCUGGGAACAAAGGGACACACUUCUUUGCUCCUUUUGCGGCAUGGCUUCAAGCAAGAUUGCAGCCAGCGAACAUAGUAGUAGAUCUGACAUAG